AUGGUCGACAGGGAGUUCGAAAUCGGGAUUACCUUCCCAAGCAUUCGCAAUCGUAACUUUGUUGGGCGAGAAGAUGCACUACGGCAAGUCGAAAGCCUGCUUAUACAAUCUUCUAACCGUGGACAAAUGAAGCUACUGGUUCUAUAUGGCACUGGUGGUAUGGGCAAGACACAAAUAGCACUCGAAUAUGCUCACAGAACGCGAAGGAAGUACUCGUCGAUUUUCUGGAUUGAUGGUGCACGUAAUGACACAGCAGCAGAAAGUGUCUUGUCAUCACUGCGGAGCAUCAAGCGACACUAUAUCGCCAGAGGGUUACAAGAGAACCCACGGUUCCACCUUGUUGAGCAGGCUCUCACAGAUAUGACGGCGAAUGAUCAGAGCAGCCUCCAGCAGACCUUUCGCAACUGGCUAUCUUACGACGAAAAUUGUUCUUGGUUAGUCGUUAUUGAUAACGUCGACGAUCUUGAGGAAUUUGACUUCAAAAGUUGGUUGCCAUCAACUCCCUGUGGAUCCCUAAUCGUGACCAGCCGUCGAUCAGACUUGGCAAUUAGUUGGAACUCACUCGAAAUUAACGAGCUGGAUGAACAAGAGGCCCUUUUGCUCUUAAACCAGACAGGCAACCUGGAUCUUGCUCGAGGAACGAAAGAAUUUGAAAUAAAUCAAGCAUUCAACUUACUCUAUGCCUUUUCAUUCUUCAAACUGGCACCGGGUUCUUGUGCUGGACCCAUAUCUAUGCACCCGUUGGUGCACCUUUGGGCACGUCUUCGGCUAGGAAUAGUCGAGCAGAGACAGGUAGCCCGAGAAAUGGCUGCAAUACUUCACAACGUUUCAGCAAUUCGUCAUUCGAUCCAGUCCUACCAGACCCAUGUGGCACAGAUCUUUGAAGUAUUUCGAAAAUGGAGUCCUUGUGAUACACCCCCAAUGCAAACCCUUAAAAUCACCCCUAUGGAUUCAAAGGAGCUAGCAUCGAUGCCGAUCCGGAAUCUUAGCAACUGGGAUAGAGCUGAAGGUUACCUCAUGUACCUCAGAGGCCGAGCAGAAGCGAUUUGGCGCUUGGUACCAAUGGCUUUUGCACGCAAGGCACGAGUGCUUGGUCCGGAACACCCUGCAACAGCUGGAGCAUACAUGGGGCUUGGAACGUCAUCUCCAAGUUGCAAGGAAGGGAUGAAACUUUUACAGAGGGCCUCUGAACUACGUAUCAAAGUCCUUGGGUAUAAUGAUACACUUACCCAAAAUGCAAUCAACUCCUUCAUCAAUCGUGCCAACGACUGCUUCAGAGACUAUGAGAACCUGGAAAGGGCACAAUGGUUUAUUGAUUACAUGGAUAUCAAAGGGGAAGAGUCGGUUAGGGAAUCAUUUUCAGCUGAUAUUGUGGGUUAUGAGCGAGGGAUUCGAUGGGAGUCCCCCAACACAUCCCCCCCUGCCGUGCUAGCUGCCCGCUUGAUGGAGAAUGGAAGAUUUCUGACGGCAAUGAAGUUCCUACCUAAGGAACUGUGGGGGUUUAAAGAUGUCCUUGAAGUGUUUUUUGAAAAGCUGCCGUCACUCAACAAAAUUCAGAUGCGCGUCGUCGCGCUGAACCUGAUCAGGUUUGCUGAAAACGAAAUUGCGAUACAAUACGUGGUCGUUGACAGAAACGGACACUACCUUCUUAAGUCCUAUGAGGGUACAUACACCCUACAUGUUCACAUGGCGGCGUUGUAUAGAUUGGGAGGAUUCCAGCUCCUUAUCAACCCCUUGGUCCUAAUUUCGGAGCCGGAUUCUGUGCGAUGGGCUCUCGACGACAUGGCAUGUAGUCCGAGGACUGGAUGGGCUGAGGAACAGUCCGAGGCCUGGGAAUGGGAGACUGUUUGGGGGGAAUGGCAAGAAGGAUUCCUGAUGAUGGUCGAGCUUUCGGUUAAAGAGGAAGAAGGGACCGGGAUGUUAAGCUUCAAGGGCAAAGUGGCAGACAAGGAUAUGUCGGAGCUUACUGACUUCGCCUACGAUGCUCGUCGGUUUAUCUACUAUCACAAGCCUGCUAUCGAAAUCGCCCCACUUCAGGUAUACGCAUCUGCCCUCAUAUUUAGCCCCCAGUGCAGUGUUGUUCGCAAAAGAUUCUCUUCCCAGAUGCCGGAGUGGAUCGUGAUGAAGCCAGAGAUGGAUACCGAUUGGGAUACUCUAACACAAACAAUUUCUACUCCUGCGGACCUGGAAUAUGCCAGCUACUCUCCUGAUGGUCGCAACCUAGCUGUUUCACAUCGCGGGGGCUUUUUUAUCUAUAAGACAGUCUCAGGUGAUUUGCUUCACGAAGAAUACCAUCAUACGUUUUGUCGUAUACAAGGAUAUUCCCCAGAUGGGCUAUUGCUUUGCUGUAUAUCUGGUGACGACAUCCUUAUUCUUGAUGCAACCACGUUUAAGGUGAUGGAGAAACUGAAUCUCAAGGUCGAUGCAUGCUUUUUCUUACCGGAUGGCAACAGACUUACAGUUGUGCAAGAAGAAGACGUUGCCGUAUUUGACUGGAAGACUGGAGAAUGUCUUUCCAGGCUCAACCACAUUAUCGGAAAAGCUCGUAAACCGGCCCUGUUAGUUCAGAAUUUGGGAUUUAUUUACAAGCGAUUGCAAGCGUAUAUUCGAUUGGGACGCCAGAAGGAUUCAUACAGUGGUCUGCUCAGGAGACGAUAUUCGACUUUGGUCUUUGGAUGA